GACACACACACACACACACCCACACACACACAUACAGAUAACACACACUCCUACAGGGGAAACACACACAGCGGACACACACUCAGUCUCCAGCAGCUCCAGAGGCGGACGUGUCGGGUGGAGUUGUGUUGAGGUUCUCACUCAACAGGACAGCAGACAUCAUGGUGAACAUACCAGAUUACUAUGCAGGGAAAAAUGUGCUGAUCACCGGAGCAACCGGCUUCAUGGGAAAGGUGCUGCUGGAGAAGCUGCUGAGGUCAUGCCCAGAGGUCAAAACUGUGUAUGUGAUGGUCAGGUCAAAGGCUGGCCAGUGUCCCAAGGCCCGCAUCGCUGACAUGGUCAGCUGCAAGUUGUUUGAAAGGUUAAAAGACGAGCAGCCCGACUUUGCGGUGAAGGUCGUUGCGGUGAGCAGUGACCUCACGCUGCCGGAGCUGGACCUGAGCAAAGAGGAUCAGAGCGUCCUGGCUGAAAACGUCAACGUCGUCUUCCACUGCGCCGCGACCAUCCGCUUCAACGAGCCGCUCAAAGAUGCGAUGCAGCUGAACGUCCUGGCCACACAGAAGAUGCUGGCGCUCGCCCACAGGAUGAAGCAGCUGGAGAUCUUCCUCCACGUCUCCACGGCCUACGCCAACUGUGACCGGGAGCUCAUCGAGGAAGUGGUCUACCCUCCACCCGUCGACUACCGGAGACUCAUCGAUACUCUGGACUGGAUGGAUGAUGAACUGGUUUCCACGCUGACUCCCAAGCUGAUCGGAACACGUCCCAACACGUACACCUACACCAAGGCCUUGGCUGAGUACAUGGUGCAGCAGGAGGCCGGGGACCUGAACGUGGCCAUCGUCAGACCCUCCAUCGUCGGAGCCAGCUGGAAGGAGCCUUUCCCAGGCUGGAUUGAUAACUUCAAUGGACCCAGUGGGAUAUUCAUCGCAGCUGGUAAAGGGAUCCUGCGGACCAUGAGGGCGUCUAACGAUGCUGUGGCCGACCUGGUGCCUGUGGACGUGGUCAUCAACGCCACGAUCGCUGCUGCCUGGUUCUCCGGAUCUCAAAGACCUAAAAACAUCAUGGUGUACAACUGCACGACCGGUGGGAUCAACCCGUUCCGCUGGGGGGAAGUCGAGUACCAUGUAAUAUCCACUUUCAAGAGGAACCCCCUCGAGCAGGCCUUCCGUCGGCCACAUGUUAAUCUCACAUCCAAUCACCUAAUCAAUCAGUACUGGAUCGCCGUGAGCCACAAGGCUCCGGCGUUCCUCUAUGAUCUGUAUCUCAGGCUGAUGGGACGAGAGCCCAGGAUGAUGAAGACCAUCACCCGCCUCCACAAAGCCAUGAUGGUGUUGGAGUAUUUCACCAGUCACACCUGGGUGUGGAACAACGACAACGUGGGCAUGCUGUUGACCCAGAUGAGCCCCGAGGAUAAGAAGAUGUUUAACUUCGACGUGCGGCAGCUGCACUGGGCGGAAUACAUGGAAAACUACUGCAUGGGCACCAAGAAAUACGUCCUGAACGAGGAUCUGUCCGGACUCCCUGCUGCUCGCAAGCACCUGAACAAGCUCAGGAACAUCCGCUACACCUUCAACACCGUCCUGGUGGUGUUCAUCUGGCGCGUGUUCAUCGCCCGAUCCCAGAUGGCCCGAAACAUCUGGUACUUCGUGGUGAGCCUGUGCUUCAAGUUCCUCUCCUACUUCAGAGCCUCCUCCACCAUGAGAUAGUGAGCCGGGGGUCGGGCGGCUGGCGGCGGCUGGCGAGGUGGAGGGACGAGAAGACGAGAAGAAAACCCUGGAGCUCGGCCUGUAGAAGGGUUCCACCCAGUGUUUCCUCCAACACUCUAAAGAUGAACUGGAUCCAUGAAAACACCAGGGACACAGACGGAGCCACUGGACGAGCCUCUGAUAUCUCCGAUAAUCUCCUCGGAGGAUUUAUCUCACAAUGUCGCAGACUAACAGCACUUGGACUAGUUUAAGAACCAGGAGCCGACUCCCUGGUCCGGUUCACACUCUGUGGUGCCAGCUUUCCUCCGGAGCACUUCCUGUAACCCUGCUCCGCUCGCCUGGCUGCAACCUGAAGCUAUGCACUGGAUGAGGCUCUGCUGCAAGACGCCUGCGCUGGUUCCGAGUCGGUCCCGACGUCGUGGCUGUGCCGUAGGUUUUUUCUCUAAACGUAGUUCUAACCGCUUCACCUGCUGCGUGGGUCGCAACUCCCUCACUUCUAUUUUGUAUCUGCCUGUAAGUUUGUUGUUGAGGGUCUUGUCCGUUAUAAAGAAAUGUUUUCAAAACCUGUUUAAAAUAAAAAACGUAUACAUAAGAAAGAAAGAGGCUCAGAAUGAACCGCUCGGUUUCUGGAAGACGACGGAUGUUUCUGAACCAACUCGUGGAGGUUUGUUCGGGAACAGGCCGGCUAAGCGAUCGUAGAUAAAUCUGUCAUCAUCCUCAAAACCAAAGUCUUUCCACCCAUUGUUCAGGUCUGGUUUACUCAGACGACUUCUUAUCAACAGUUGUCAUUUGUCGACUUUCCCUCGUCCUGCUUUGCAAACACAAACGCUUCUCCUCACGUCUGUAAGUC